AUGCCGAAGAAGACCAGAGGAAUUCGAGGGAUUGAAAUUGAGGAAGUGAAGCAAGAAAAUUCUGAUGGAGAGACAUCUGAAAGGGAUGAUGUUCAAGAGGAGCUUAAGCCAGAUACAGAAGAAGAACCUAAACCAAUAACAAGAGAAGAAGACGAUCGGAUUGGACAAACUUCAACAAAAUCACCUAAAAUCUCACAUGAAGAAGAAUCAUCGCAACUAACCUCACCAGAACUGAAAGAACAGGAUCGAGAUCCAGAAAUCGUACCACCACAGACUCCUGAUCUAGAUCAACCAGGAGCUCAAGAAAUUGAAGAUCACAAACUCGGCGGAGCAGAGGAAGUGCAUGAACAAGUGCCAGAGGUCCCAGAGGAGGAAGUUGAAUCGAAGGAAGCAGAUGAAGAAGAAUCUCCGAAGGCAGAGCCGAAGAAAAGCGUCUACGACCAAUCAACUCAAACGGAGAAGUGGUGCCCAAGAGCGAGUUGCAGAGAGAGAGAGAGAGAGAGAAAGAAUCACCUUGAAGCUCCUGUUUACUUGCAGGUCUCCUCCACUUCUCCACUUGACCAGAAAUGA